AUGACACCCCACGGGCUCGAAGACGCGUCCGUGGCAGGCCUCGUUGGCACCGGCGUCCUCUUCGGCGUCAUCCACGUCAUGACGGGGCCCGACCACCUUAGCGCGCUCGCGACGCUGAGCGCAGGCUCCUCCUGGCGGUCCUUCGCCCUGGGCAUGCGCUGGGGCAUGGGCCACUCGAUCGGGCUCAUCCUCAUGGCCGUCUUCUUCAUCCUCCUCGAUGGAAAGCUCAACUUGGACAAGCUCACGAUCGUGACGGACGUCAUUGUCGGCGUCUUCAUGGUCGCAUUGGGCGGCUAUGGGCUCUACAGCGGGCACAAAAAGUACCUCGCGACGCUCGCCGAGCUCGACACGACCAACACGACGCCGGCCAAGACGCGGUCGUACGAAAAGUGCCCCGACGUCGACUCGUCGAGCGACUCGGAGGCCGAUCUCAAGGAGAUCCACUUGGCGCCGAUCGGGACAACGUCCGAAGACGAAGCCACAAUCACAUCCAGCACGGGGUCGCCGACCGUGCCCGACAUUGACGACGAGAUGGAAGAGCUCGACUUGGACGAGAUCGAAGGCGCGCUCGAGGCGCAACUCGAAGAGCAGAGCGCGCUCGUGCACAGUCCGGCGCCGGUCUGCGGCCGCCGGUCGUGCCUCCCCACCAUCAACAUGGACAACCCCGCGACGCAAAAGGUGACCGCGCUCUGCGUCGGCAUCGUCCACGGCAUCGCAGGCCCGGGCGGCAUCCUCGGCGUCCUGCCCGCGGUCGGCCUCCACAAUUGGACCAAGUCGAUCGCGUACCUCGGGUCGUUUUGUGUCACUUCGAUCCUCAUCAUGGGCCUCUUUGCCGCCUUUUACGGUGAAGCCACGGCGCAACUCGGUCGGCGGUCGGCCCGGAUCGCGUAUGGUAUUGCGGUGUUUUCGUCCAUGCUCUCGGUGCUCGUGGGCAUCCUCUGGAUCGUCCUCGUCGCGACCGGCAAGCUCCAGGACGUUUUUGGCGCCUGAUUUGUAGACAGAUUGAUGUGUUCGUAUCCUAAUAUUAUCUCGAGGUCUGUGUCUCCAACGGUGUCGACAUGCCCCAACUCGAGUGCACCGAAAAGCCCCGUCGGUGAG